AUGGGGCCGUGGGGCAACCAUUCAACGGCCCGAUGCUAUCACCGACAAGGCUUCCCUCCACAGCGGCCCAUUCCCAACUGCUUGGGCGGGAGGAAGGGCGCUGCCCACCUUAAUUUAGCACCCUGCCCCGGAGGCUGCUGUUUGACCAGGGAGGGCUUGGCACUCUCGCGCCCUUUUCUCCUCCCUCCCCUCCCUCGCCUGAGGAUCUUAGUCACUGGUGGCCUAGUGAAGGGGCAGGCCUGUGCAGUGGGCUUGAUCGCUGUGGGGAUAGUGGUCAAGCAUUUCCUGAGUGGGACCAUAAGCCAUGGGGCUACUACUGGCGGCCUGCUGCCUGUGAUCAUCAUUGCAGUGGGGGCCUUCCUCUUCCUGGUGGCCUUUGUGGGCUGCUGUGGGGCCUGCAAGGAGAACUACUGUCUCAUGAUCACGUUUGCCAUUUUCCUGUCUCUUAUCAUGCUAGUGGAGGUAGCCAUAGCCAUCGCUGGCUAUGUUUUUAGAGACAAGGUGAGAGCAGUCUUUGAUAAGGAUUUCCGACAGCAGAUGCAGAAUUACUCCCAAAACAAUGAUACAGCUUUAUUUCUGAACGAUUUGCAGACAGAAUUUGAGUGCUGUGGGGCUGCUAACUUCACAGAUUGGGAGAACAUCCCUGGCAUGGGGAAGGGCCGAGUUCCUGACUCCUGCUGUGUCAACCGCACCGAGGGCUGUGGCAGUGACAUUAAGAAGCAUACUAUAUACACUGAGGGCUGCGUGGAGAAGAUUGUGAAUUGGCUGAGAAAAAAAGUGCUGUUGCUGGCUGCAGCAGCCCUGGGCAUCGCUUUUGUUGAGGUCCUGGGGAUUGUCUUUGCCUGCUGUCUUGUGAAGAGUAUCCGAAGUGGCUAUGAAGUGAUGUAGGGGGUCUGGUCUUACUAGCCCCUCAUCUAGGGGAGCAGAGUAGUAUCCCCCAGGUUUUUCAAUUAAACGGAUUAUUUUUUCAGACCAAAAA